AUGGCGUCCUCUCCUGAUCCUGGUCCAGUGUACUUCUGGAAAGAGUCUGAUCCAGAGGUCGGUUACCUAUCACAAUGGUACUACUGCCCUUUUCGCGAUGACGGAGAUGAAAAGAUAACCUACAAAACUGCUGAGCAUUAUAUGAUGUAUCAGAAGGCUAUUCUUUUCAAAGACCAUGACACAGGUCUCGAGAUCCUCAAAGCAGGUCAUCCGCGAAAAGUAAAGUCCCUAGGCCGCCGAGUCAAGAAUUUUGAUGAAGCGAAGUGGCUUAAGCAUCGUUGCGAGAUCGUACGACGAGGAAACAUUCUCAAAUUCACCCGUGCUGUCACGGAAGAAGGGUACAAGAAGGGCACACCGGACGGCGAUCCUCUUGAAGGAUCAUUGCUCGAUACACUGCUUGGUACAGGUGACAGAGAACUUGUCGAGGCUAGUCCGUUUGAUCCUAUUUGGGGCAUUGGGUUUAAAGCCGCUGACGCAGAAGGUGCACGAGGGUCUUGGGGGCAGAAUUUGCUAGGCAAGGAAUUGAUGGAGGUGAGAAGCCGAUUGCAAAACAAGGGAACUCAAGAAUAG